AUGUUGCCUCAGCUUCUAAGUUACUCUGCUCUGGUAGCAGCAGCUUUUGCUGCCGUAGGCCAAGGAGCAAGCGUACCAUUAGAGCGCCGCCAGGGACAGAACACCCCUGCGACCAAUGCCUCGAUUCCCGUCAAGUCUCUGGGACAAUUGAGCCUCAGCAACGUAGGUUUCGCCGAAGUCAUCUCGCAGGGUGGAAAAGAUGCUCUGUUCGUGUCUUCCUUUGCGCUCCUUGGUGAUUCUGUCCACCGCAUCAACGACAUAUCGACCGUGGGUUCCGUCGGCAUAAACAAGUUAAAGGCUACUACAGUUCCAGGAAGCAUUACAUGGCCCAACGACAUUACCAUCGCUCCCAAGGCAGUCUUUGGCACUGAAGGUGUGCUAGUGGGAGGCGGCUUCCUCGUUCCUACCAAGACCAAUGGGGGCAUAUAUUUCUCGGCCAACAGCGGUAGCACCUCUGGAAGCUGGGUUCAGCUUAUUUCCCAGUCAGGCUGGUGGUACCAUCGAGUUAUCUUUGCAGAUAUGGAUGGUGAUGGUGUUCCCGAUAUGGUUUCUUGUCGAGCCAACAAGCCGCUGAUUGGUGCCACCAAGACAAUGCUCGUAAUCUUGAAGCCACAAAACCCGAACAAACCUCUCGGAACAUGGGUCGAGACCGAGAUCGGGGCUGGCUGUGAUGCCCUCUUUACUGUCGCCGACCUGGACGGCGAUGGAAUCCCAGAGGUCAUUGCCCCUUCGUACUUUACGGAGAAACUCAACAUCUACCACUCGAGCGCAUCAAAUGGGUUCGCUAACCCUAAAAACGUUAAGACUGUCACCAUUGACAGCACAAUCGGCGCUGCGUUCGAUGCUCAGUACGUUGACAUCAAUGGUGAUGGUAAGAAAGACCUCCUAGUCAGUAAUCACCAAGGAGAUGGCACCGGUGGAGUCUACGCCUACGAGAUCCCUGCGAACGUCACUAAUGCCAGAGGCUACACCCGUCACACGCUCGCUUCAGGCUUUCCUGUUACUCAGCGCGGUCUCAACCAGGCUGCCCCAGGGUCCCCAAGGGCUUUCUUCCCUACGCCAGCAACCAGCAAGGUCGGAAUCCCGUAUAUUGCGCUUGCUGGAGAUGCUGCUCAAAAGGCCUAUGUUCUUAUUCCGGGUUUGACUGCUUGGACUUAUAAGACCACAUAUCUUCACGACUGCGGUUGCACGGUCGGCCAAGUCAGUGUCGUUGACGUUGACGGCGAUGGCUAUAGUGAGGUCAUCAUCCCUUGCUACGAUGACGGCAAGUUGGCGGCGUAUACUUUCAAAUCAUAA